AUGUGGAUGAGCAAGGGAGCGCGCUGGAGUGCCAUCAUGCUGGGCCUCCAGGUCGCCUCCUGCAUGUCGAUCGAGCUGUCCGUCAGGUCAGCAGGUCACAUGCAGCAGCAGCCGAUGCGGCUCAAGGGAGGAAGCUCGUACUUCAGCAAGGAAGGGGGAGGAAGUGGUGUGACUAGGAACGCGACCAAGCCGUCUGCCCCCGCAGGCUGGACGAGCGGGAAAGGUCAGGCUCCGCAGCCCAAGGGCCAAGGAGGAGGGACGAAGGCUGCGCAGGCUGACGUGGCGUCCAAGGCCGGGCAGAAGCAGGAGGAGGAGGCUGCGGCUCCUCCUCCUCCUGCUAUGAAGCCAGUGAUCCCCCGGAUGAGCCAGACGGUGACGAGGAUGGAGAGUUACUCCAUGCUCGACGAGGACAAGAUCACGUCGAAGCUGAGAGAUGAGGCUGAGGUUGCUCCUUCGGCACACCCCAUUCCUCUUCCGACAGGAAAGACAAAAGCCCAGCCCAAGCCCGAGCCCCCCAAGGAGGUAACGGACGCCUGGCUGCGCGUCCUCGACCAGGCUGUGGGAGGCAAGACGGUGCUGAAGGCUGAGAGGCCCGAGGAAGUUAUCCAAGAAGUCUCCAGGAUCUCUGCUGCCGCCAAGGCCGAGCAAGUUGCCGCCAAGGCCGCAGAGACUGCAGAGGUGGCGGAGGAGCAGGAGCAGCCGGAGGAAGACGGCAGGCAAGCAUGA